ACACAUUAAAAAUAGCGUAUAUUAACCAAACACGUAUCAAGCGGUACUUUUUAACAUCAAGUGUUUUCCGUUUUCUUCGUAUUUAGUUUUAUUGCUCGCCUUUAAGAUAGACGAACAUGUCUUUUGUGUUUACACGUGAAUCUCAUUCCUUUCUGACAUAAGAAGAAUUUCUCUAAUCUGUUUAAAGAACAUAUUUACAAAUGUCGUGUAUUUCCAUAUUUUUAGGAAAUAUAAAAUGUAGACAUAUAAAAGUAGUUUAUUUAAGUUAACAAUUAGGAGAAAAUCAUCGAUAUUAAAUUCGAGGAUAUUAAAAUGAAAGAAAGAAAUUAUUUAUUUGUAAAUGAUUUGUUGACAGGCUAAAUAGAAUAUAGUAAUAUAUAAAUAGUUGUCUAUAUUAUAUAAUAUCAUAUGGAAUGUAAUAAUCAAUAUUUAUCAAAUAUGAGCGAAAACGAAUCUAUGUAUGGAACAACUCUUUCGCAAGAAUCUAUAAAAGUCAUUGCAGAAAGCGUAGGAGUAGGAAACUUUCCAGAUGAAGCGGCUAAGGAUAUUGCUGAGGAUGUUAGUUACAGACUGAAAGAAAUCAUACAAGAUGCUGCAAAAUUUAUGAGGCAUGGCAAACGUAAACGCAUUACAACUCAUGAUAUAGAUCAUGCAUUAAAAAUAAAGAAUGUUGAGCCAACAUAUGGGUUUUUUUCCAAAGAUCAUAUACCAUUUCGGUUUGCUUCUGGUGGGGGCCGUGAAUUACAUUUUGUAGAAGACAAAGAAAUAGAUUUGAAUGAAAUUAUUUCUAUGUCCGGUGGACAAGCAUGGCCCAAAUUACCAUUAGAAAUUAACGUACGUGCUCAUUGGCUUUGUAUUGAUGGUGUACAACCCACAAUACCAGAAAAUCCACCUCCAGUAUCCAAAGAGGCUCAAAAGUUGGAAAGCGUUGAUCCAACGAGUAAAUUAAAUAAUAAGAGCCAAAAUAUAGGUGCAGGAAAACCAGGUGGUGGUGGAAAAAGUCAGAAAUUACGCAAUGUAGAAACUGUACACGUAAAACAAUUGGCUACACACGAAUUAAGCGUUGAACAACAGUUAUAUUACAAAGAAAUAACUGAAGCAUGUGUUGGUUCAGAUGAAGGCCGAAGAGCAGAAGCAUUGCAAUCAUUGUCUGCAGAUCCAGGUUUACAUGAAAUGUUAGCACGUAUGUGUACAUUUAUUGCAGAGGGUGUACGAGUUAAUGUCGUGCAAAACCAUCUUGCAUUACUUAUUUACCUAAUGCGGAUGGUUAAAGCGCUUCUUGAUAAUCCAAGUCUGUAUCUUGAAAAAUAUCUUCACGAACUAAUACCAUCAGUCGCUACCUGUAUAGUUUCGCGUCAGUUGUGUAUGAGACCAGAAGCUGAUAAUCAUUGGGCUUUGAGAGACUUUGCUUCUCGACUUAUGGCGCAAAUUUGCAAAAACUUUAAUACUUCUACAAACAAUGUGCAGACCAGAGUAACUCGCAUGUUCAGCCAAGCUUUAGCUAAAUAUAAAGAUACACCAUUAGCUUCUCUGUAUGGAGCAAUUGAAGGAUUAUGCGAAUUAGGUCCAGAAGUAAUAAAAGCUUUAGUUAUACCUAAAUUGAAAUUAAUUUCUGAUAGACUUGAAGCAUGCGUCGAAGCCCCAGCAUUAUCUAGCAUUGAUAAAAAUGGUACUGGUCAUAUAAAAACAUUGCUUUUAAAAUCAGUAGCUCCUGUCUUAAAAACAGUACGAUCAGCACCAGAUUAUGUUGAGGACUACAAAUUGGAGUACGGUUUCAUAGGACCAGCAUUAUGUGCAGCAGUAGCUAAAGCUCGAACACAACCAACAGCUUUAGCUUCAACUGCUACAACUACCACAUUAACCACUACUCAACAGCAAGGACCAACUUGCACUACCAAGACUCUUGUACAAACAGAAAAUAUUUCAGUGUCAAAUUCGAGUCCUGGACAACAAACAGGACGAACGAUAAUGCUUAAUACAAGUAGAACUGCUAAUACAACCACUGCUGGUGGUCAGAAAUAUGUUAUUCUACAACCACGAUCUCAAACGCCUACUGCAUCCAAUAUAAAUAGUGGUACAAUACAACAAUCUCAAACUCAACAACAUCAACAGGUCAAGAUUGCACAAAAUAAUGUAAAUUCACAGAAACCACAUAUGCAAAAUGUGGCACCUAAGUUGGUUGUUGUAUGUAUGCCCAACAGUAACCACACUAAUACAACUAUUACACAGCAAGCAAAUAUGACAAACAAGACACAAAGUGUUUUUGUAACACAACAAAGCGUAGAACAUGCAUUAAGUCCAGAAGAAGAACAAUCAUUUGAAUAACUGUUACAUUUGAGGUAAAGUUUAUUAAGGUAAUGUUUAACAUGUUGAUUGUCACAUUGGUCACCAGUGAUAUUCAACAAUUUGAAAUUUUAAUUAAAACAUUAUUAAUCAAUGGCCUCACUUCAUUGAAAGAAUUAGUUUCCGUAAGAUCAU